AUGAAUCCAGGUGGCCCUGCUGUCCGCGUCCUGGCGAGAGUGGACUCUUCAUCGCGGCUUGCCUUUGUCGAGCCUGGCAAGAAGAUCCACGAGUCGCAGGAUGCGUCGGCCUUUCUGACCUCGAAAGCAUACACAGACAUCAUGACCUUUCUCCUACAACUAAACCGGUCCAUGUUCCCCGCGAAGCUCCCCGACGGCACGACGCAAACAUGGCCCUUGAAUAGCGAAGCUGUGCAGUUCUCGGCGCCGGUGCGACAGCUCCAACGGCUGCUCUCGAAGCUUGAAGAUAUUAUCGAGGAAGUUCCCCCCGAUACCGGGCCGCGGCGGUUUGGCAAUAUCAGUUUUCGGCGGUGGUAUGAGGUUGUGGAGAGUCGUUCGUCAGAUCUGCUGGAGGAGUGCUUGCCCGCAGAGCUGUUGCAAAUACGAUCGUCCGAUCCAGAUGGCCCCACGGCCGAGACGGAGUUGAAGGCAUACUUUCUGGGUAGCUGGGGCAGCGGACAACGGUUGGACUAUGGCACUGGUCAUGAAUUGAGCUUUUUGGCAUUCCUGGGGGCGAUCUGGAAGCUUAAUGGGUUCCCCAAAGCCGAGUCGGGGGUCGAGGAGAGAGCCAUUGUGAUAGGAGUGAUCCAGCCGUAUCUCGAGCUAGUCCGGUUACUUAUCAAAACGUACACCCUGGAGCCCGCUGGUUCUCACGGUGUCUGGGGGCUGGAUGACCACUCCUUCAUCCCAUACAUUUUUGGAGCUGCUCAACUAGCACCCGCUAUAACGGACACGGAUUUGACUCCCGAAGAAGGGUCUUUGCCAGAUGCUCCCAAGGCAUCAGACGUCGUGAAGGCUAAUACUGUCGAGCGGGAACGCAAGACCAACAUGUACUUUUCGGCAAUCGGGUUCAUCUACGACGUGAAGAAGGGUCCCUUCUGGGAGCACAGUCCCAUGCUCUAUGAUAUCUCCGGGAUCCAAACUGGCUGGGCCAAAAUAAACAAGGGCAUGAUCAAAAUGUACAAUGCAGAAGUUCUUUCCAAAUUUCCCGUGGUGCAGCACUUCCCAUUCGGGUCCCUUUUCAGCUUUGACCGAGAUCCAAAUGCCAUCGCUCCGCCAACGACUGUCCAUACAACAUCCGGCCCCCAGGCACGGCCCGUAGCACCAGAUGCUGGGCCAUCUUCGACUACUACUGCCAGACCUAUGCCUGGAUCUGGGACCAAGGCUCCAUGGGCCACAGCAGAACCCGGCAUCGGAUCGGCGCCUCCGAUGGGUGCAACUGCAGCCCCCUGGGCAAGCGCGAGAAGAGAUGUUCCAACUGGCACUGCAUUGGGCAGCACAUCAAGGAUUCCGACGUCUCUUCCAGAUACUUCAAGAAUGCCUCCCGGUCCUAUGGCCCCUACCAAAGCUCCCUGGGCAUCUUCUCAACCUCCCACGGGAUCCAGUGAUGAGGUUCAUACUAAGGCUCCCUGGGAAAAGCCAGGAUAA